GGUUGGAAAACACUGCCGUAAAGGCAGCGGUGACGUACUUCCGGUGCGUGUUGCGGGUUUCCGCAUAGCGGGGCGAGCGUGUCGGAGUGUUUUUGUUCUGGGUCCGGGCGGCCCCGCCCCUCGCAGUGUGGCGCGUUACUGACGCCCGUGACGCCUUUCCACGUCGCAGUCGAUCCCAACUGACGAGCGAGCUGCGUAUGUCUGCGUGUCUCCAGCUAGGCUAGUCAGGGAGUGAUGGCGGCGCCCGUCCUCAGAGUGUCCACCCCGCGGUGGGAGAGAAUAGCACGGUUAGUAGUGUGCCUGCUGGGCAUGCUGUUGUCUCUUUAUGCCUUUCACGUCGAGAGGGAAAAGGCCCAGGACCCCAGUUAUCGGGCUCUGUGCGACGUCAGCAGCGCCAUCAGCUGUUCCAAAGUCUUCAGCUCAAGGUGGGGUCGAGGAUUUGGACUCCUGGGCUCAAUUUUUGGAAAUGACAGUGCACUGAACCAACCAAACAGUGUCUAUGGAAUUGGCUUUUAUGCUUUUCAACUCCUACUAGGAAUGACUGUAAGUGCAAUGGCUGCCCUCAUUCUCAUGAUGACGUCCAUCUUGUCGGUAGUGGGCUCGCUCUACUUGGGCUACAUCCUUUACUUUGUCCUUAAGGACCUGUGCGUCAUCUGCAUCACCACGUACGUGCUGAACGUCAUCCUCUUUAUCCUCAACUACAAACGACUGGUUUACUUGAACGAGGCCUGGAAGCAGCAACUGCAGGCCAAGGAGGACUAAAAGCUGUGCAGGAAAAUGUGAUACAAACCGAUAGAAAUGUGACUGACUGAACAUUUGACUUUGCCACCAGGAGACAUUGCUUCCAAACCAUGUUCAUCCUGCUGUUUUCCAAAAAAAAAAAAAAAAAAAAAAAAAAAGGACAUCUAACACAAAACCAUACUGUUGAUUGGAUACACCAAGGAUUUGUUUUACUUUCACCUCAUCCUAAAUUGUUCUGGUGACUAAAAGAAAGAGGCGGAGGGCCUCAACGCAACACAAUGGAGGACCGGAAAGAAGGAUCCAAGAGAAGCCACCUCGAAGCAGUAAGCUGGCGGAUUCCAAAAAUGAGAAAACACCCUAAGAAAGUCCUGUGUGGUUUUUGAAGGGAACAAAACGAUCAACAAUGAUUUUUUUUUCUUCAUGUUUAAACUUUCUAGUUAGCUUUUUGUUGUUUUCUUAAGAGGACCACUAAAGAUGAACGUGAGCUCUCAUCGUGGUUGUGUAGGUCGGUCAGAUAGUUUGUUUUUCCAAUUCUGUAAAUAGCCGGUGAGCAAUAUUUCAGGCUUGAUCGAUUGACAAAACGUGGAACAAAACUAGGUCACAAUUGGUGGAUGUCCUGUUUGCUUCAUUUGAAGCCACGAACUUGCAACAAAGCGCCAUCACUUCUGUUACCGAGUGUUCAACAUAAAGACUUACGUGCCUAAAGCAUCGCUCAUUUUGACUCCACCUGACUUUCCUGUCAAAGCUUUAUUUUUUAGGAUCACAGUUUUGUAUUGUCAGAUUAGUGUUUGUCCCUCCUCCAGUCUCACAUGGUAGCAAAGGCGGCUACACUGUGAUUAUGUGUACACUCCACCCUCAUUAAACAGUAAUGGUGAUGCUGCCAGGCGGAGUUACGCUUCAUUCGCAGUACAAAAACGCGGGGAAUGUUUUUGGGACGCUUGCGUUUGGCGUCUUGGAACAGCACGUAGAGCCAUACAGAGCCAGUUAGGUUUGGAUUCCAGUUAAGGUAAUCAUUGACAAAGAGAACAGGUGGUACAUUUCUAGAGAUUGCAAGGGCCACACUGACAAGAACAAUGAUGAACGUGUUACAAGAUUAAAUGUGAUGGGGAAACUUAGGGAGCCACGGGUACAAAAUUGAACGGUACGCACCACUGUUUUUUUAUACAGACUGCGCGUGUUCGAUUCCCAGCCAGAGCACCAACACCCAGCUAUUUGAGUCGUCCAGUGCCAGUUGCAACACUCCCGAUUGAAAAAAAAAAAAAGAAAAAGGCCAAAAAAAUAAUUCGAGUGAGGAAAAGCCAAAAACCAGUUAGAAAAUCUUAAUUUAAGGAAAAAUAAAGUCGUAGUAUCACAAGUGUAAACAUUCAUGUGUCUUCAUCGUGUAAUGAAAUGUGGCAGAAAUGGGAUUAUCCUCAUUUUCAUGAUGGGCCACAUCGCAGUCACAGACACCCUUCAAGGGCCACAUCAUGAUACUGAUCAGUCACUACAGGACUUUGCCAUGUUACGAUUGUGCCAAUUCAACACAAUUGCAGAGAAUUAUGCGCAGCCGCACAACUUUGUCUAAAAUCUGUACUGGAAUGAUACCACAACUGUCUAACCGAUCAACUAAUAAUUUUGCGCAACUUUUUUGAAAAUGCAGCAAAAAUCAGGCAUCUGGGUCGGAACAGUCACACUCCAAAAAACCCUGGAGGGCGUGAUUAUUACACAACGGCCGCUUCAUUUGAUUAUUAGGCUUCACACAAGAAACUGAUUUGCAAUCAGUAGCAAAGUGAAAAGCAGGCAUUUAGGUUCAGCUACUGUAGAAUUUAAUUUGAAGAGUUUCGAUGAAAAAAAUAAAGCAAAUGAUUCAUUUAAAAUCUAUUUGCACACAUUAAAAAGCUUUUCGUUAAAAUCUCAAUACCGUAUAAUAAACAAGAAUGUCGAAAUGCCUUAUUGACACACAUUCUUUCCAGGCUUUUGCCGGCCAAAUUCAUUGCCGUGGCCUUGAGUUUGACACCUGUAUUGUAUUACAACCGUUACAAAAUAUUUUGGCUUUCCUGAUUGGCUGGCGACCCGUCCGGGGUCUACCUCGCCUUUCACCCAAAGUUAGCUGUGAUAGUUUCCAGCGUACCUGUGACCAAAUGAGGACAAGUGGAUGUAAUAACAUGCAUUCCUUUUGGGCGAGAGGCAGUGUUCAUUGUCAUAAUAUUUCAACUUUUUUAAGUUAAUAUUUUUUUGUCUUAAAGUAAGGUAUUUAUUAAAAAAUAUGAUUAGUGUCAAAAUCAGACUUAAAUUAAGGCAUAUUAAAUUACAUUCAAUUUCAUGUACGGUAAUAUUUUUUUUCUUGAACUAUGACUAUAAUUUUCCUUUUUCCAGUAUGUCCUCAAUACUCCUUGGUACAUUUUUAACUCACACACCAACUCCAAACCAUACAGUCGGUCACAGGACAAUAUCAGUACACUGAAGAAGUUCUGUCUCGUAUAUUCAUGUGACACAUAUAAAACGUCGAAGGUCAACACCCCAAAAAUACUGUAGAAUUUAAGCAUGCUCUGAGCGCAGUUUUGCAAAGGGAUGGAUCGAUAGUUAGAAAAGUAUUUUCAGUAAUGUGCUUCGUGUAAUAACUUACAAAUCGUCUUUUGUUUUUCUGUACAAAAGUGAUCAUUUGUUCUUGUGCGUUUUGAUUCUGUCGACUACUCAUCAACCGCUUCUCAUGCAAAAUGUCAUAAUGUAUGAAACACAAAAAAGUUAUACCUCAUUUUUGAACAUACUGUGGUGUCCAUUCAUUCAUUGAAGGACAUGUUACCUGACAAAUGAACUAAGGCAGCAUUCUAUUGGAAUGUGAUUGGACAACAUCACAUGUGUCACAAUGGGAGAAAGAAAACUUAACACUGUGGAAUGUUUUGGAAAACAUUUGGCUAAGUUGAUGACAUGUACUGUCUUGCACGUAUAUAUAACCUUUCUCAUACAGCACAGUGGAACCCGCUUAAGUCGACAACUCAUCUACUGUAUGUCCACUGUUAAGAUGACAACAUCCAACAGAGAUAUUCAACUUAAUUGUUUUGGGGCCACAUUUCCAGAAAGCUAAGGACCGGGGGACUGGACUUCACCCUUGUCUUUGUGGGACCCAAAAGGGCCAUUUCUACAAUUAUCUUGACGUGUUGUAGUACGUUGACUUCAUUAUUGCCAAGCUGUGUGGACUGCGGUCUAAUUACACAACAUUAAAGAAGGUGCACGCUGGGAUAUCUGUUCAGCGCAAAGUAAGCUUCAAAAUAAAACCAUAGCACUAUUAACCCGCGGCAACAAAAAAAUGCACCCAUUUAAAUUUAACUUAGGUUGAUAGCCAUGUGCGUGAAGGAAAGCUGUAUUGUAAUUGUCGAUUAUAGACUAUUUACAGAGAUCUGGUUGACACCAACAUGGAGUCUUACAAGUAGUCAAGGCAAGAAUUGGUAAAAGCAUUAUUGCUUUACUUUAACUUGAAGGCGCAGCUGAAUAAAACGGUCAAUUCCUUUGGCAAAAUUCAGAUUGUUGUCCAGAUUACAAACCAGAUUCUUUACCAGAGCAUUAGGUAGAGAGUUAAAUCCAAACAAUGCUAAAACCAACACUAAAUCUAUGCCCAACAAUAGGUCUAAUCUAACCUAUCCACACUGUUAAAUAACCCAACCCUUGGCUAUAACCCCAAUCCUAAUAUUUAGCCUAAACCUAACCUGGGUUCAAACCGUAAUCCUACUUAUAAUACUAACACUAACAAUAUUAAAAAGACAAACAAACCCAGUUCUAACGGUGCAUUCAAAUUGUACUAGGGAGUCGAAAUUUCUGAGUUCCUAGUCGCAAAGUUAUACAGGAUUUUUGCAGUCAUUAAUCGUGACAGCAAAAGUCCUGUCAAGUACAAAUUGAACCAUUGAAAAGAUCCUAGAAAAUGUAUGCAAUAUAUGAAAACGGAAGAAUAAAAAUAUGCAAACUUUGUGUGUGACCAAGUCCCAAAUAAAUGUGUAAGUGUUUAGCCCGUUCGAGUGAUGUCGACAUAAACGGGUUCCAUGGUAGUCAUAUUUUAUUGUUAAUCUCAACACAAAACCCCUCCUACUUUGUUUCUGUUUUCAUUUUGGGCACACUCACAUUGAGGUUGUCUUAUGAAAUCACUCGCAUUUUCAAUUUUCUAUUGGAUCGAAUGACGACUUGCUACAUUUUACUGCGAGUAAUGACCAUGCAGCUGACAAGCGUCGAUAAAAGUAUAGGUCAUCACUCCAGAAGCCAGUGGUCACGUUAGCAAUUCAGACGUCUUGAAAGGGAUUGAUGUGCGAUCAUUUUAAUGUUAAAAAAAAAAAGAGGUCAAAGCUAUGAAUAUGUUUUUCUUUCAUGUUCACCUCGGCCCUGAGGAGAACUGCAAUGUUAGUUGCAUCACCACCAAUGCCAACUUAAGUGCCUUCUGUUUAAUCGCUAGGCCUUGAGCCAAAGACAGGCAACAGUGAUAGCCUUUAAAAAAAACUGUAACAGGCACUGACAAAUUGGGAAAUAAUAACAAAACAAGAAGUCCUGUCAAUCAACGGUCAUUCCUUAUGCCCACUUUUUAAACGUUCAUCCUAUUUUGUCACGUUUGUUCAUCAAAAUGAUUGUAACUUUCUUCAUCAAUUUUGCCCUUUAGCUGUAUGGACUGUUAACAUUCUGGGUUAUUUUCGAGUUAAAAUAAAUAAAAAAAACUGGAGGGGGUGGAAUGCUGGGAAUCCACGUGUCAGCAAAUCUUGCAAUUCUUUUUGUGGAUGAAAUAUGUACUGGGUUUGCUUGUGUAUUGCCAAAAGUGUUGAAAACGCUGUAUUUUCUUACCUGGAAAAAGUGUUACAGUAUGUAGGGGGGGUGGGGUGCUAAAAAUGGUACAAAUUCUGUUGAAUUAAGGGAAACUGUGGAAGAGACAUGAGAACAUUUGAAAUUGUGGCACUGUCAUGUGGAAACGAUCAACCAUUAAAACAUUCCCUCUGAAACUA